GCAAGGCGAGAGCCACAGGCGGGACCCUCGCUAUGGGUCAGCGGACCUAGAGCGGUGGAAGGUACCGGCCGGGAGCCGAGCUGGCCGCUGCUCCUUCUUGUGGCCCCCAUGGCUGAGGACUGGCUGGACUGCCCGGCCCUGGGCCCUGGCUGGAAGCGCCGUGAGGUCUUUCGCAAGUCAGGUGCCACCUGUGGACGCUCAGACACCUAUUACCAGAGCCCCACAGGAGACAGGAUCCGAAGCAAAGUUGAGCUGACCCGAUACCUGGGCCCUGCGUGCGAUCUCACCCUCUUCGACUUCAAACAAGGCAUCCUGUGCUAUCCAGCCCCCAAGGCCCAUUCCUUGGCCAUCCCCAGCAGGAAGCGGAAGAAGCCUUCGAGGCCAGCCAAGGCUCAGAAACGUCAGGUUGGACCUCCGAAGAGCGAAGUCAGGAAGGAGGCCCCAAGGGAUGAGACCAAGGCUGAUGCUGACACAGCCCCAGCUUCGCUUCCUGCGCCUGGGUGCUGUGAGAACUGUGGAAUCAGCUUUUCAGGGGAUGGAACCCGACGGCAGCGGCUCAAGACUCUGUGCAAGGACUGCCGAGCACAGAGAAUUGCUUUCAACCGGGAGCAGAGGAUGUUUAAGCGUGUGGGCUGCGGGGAGUGUGCGGCCUGCCAGGUAACGGAAGACUGUGGGGCCUGCUCCACCUGCCUUCUGCAGUUGCCCCAUGAUGUGGCCUCGGGGCUGUUCUGCAAGUGUGAGCGAAGACGGUGCCUCCGGAUUGUGGAAAGGAGCCGAGGGUGUGGAGUGUGCCGGGGCUGUCAGACCCGAGAGGACUGUGGCCGUUGUCGAGUCUGCCUUCGCCCUCCCCGCCCUGGUCUCAGGCGCCAGUGGAGGUGCGUCCAGCGGCGUUGCCUGCGGCACCUUGCACACCGCCUCCGCCGCCACCAUCAGCGAUGUCAACGACGCCCUCCCCUAGCUGUGGCUCCCCCUGCUGGUAAACACGGCCGCCGCAGGGGAGGCUGCGACUCCAAGGUGGCUCCCCGGCGGCGCCCCCCCCGAACCCAGCCACUGCCUGCACUUCCGCCCUCGCAGCCUCCAGAGUCUCCAGAGCUGCACCCCAGAGCCCUGGCCCCCUCGCCACCUGCUGAAUUCAUCUAUUACUGUGUAGACGAGGACGAGCUACAGCCUUACACGAACCGUCGGCAGAACCGCAAGUGUGGGGCCUGUGCAGCCUGCCUGCGGCGGAUGGACUGUGGCCACUGCGACUUCUGCUGUGAUAAGCCCAAAUUCGGGGGCAGCAACCAGAAGCGCCAGAAGUGUCGUUGGCGCCAGUGCCUGCAGUUUGCUAUGAAGCGGCUGCUGCCAAGUGUCUGGGCAGGGUCCGAGGAUGGCGCCGGGCCACCCGCACCUUACCCGCGUCGAAAGAGGCCUGGCUCUGCUCGAAGGCCCCGUCUGGGUCAGACCUCGAAGCUUCCCUUGGCCACGCCCAUGGCCCAACCAGACCGUGCCCGGACUCCAGUGAAGCAGGAAGCAGGCAGCGGCUUUGUGCUGCCCCCGCCUGGCACCGACCUCGUGUUCUUACGGGAGGGUGCAAGCAGUCCCGUGCAGGUGCCUGGCCCAGCUCCAGCUUCCACAGCAGCUCUGUUACAGGAGGCCCAGUGCCCUGGCCUGAGUUGGGUCGUGGCCUUACCCCAGGUGAAGCAAGAGAAGGCGGAUGCCCAGGAAGACUGGACACCGGGCACAGCCAUCCUGACUUCUCCUGUAUUGCUGCCCGGCUGCCCCAGCAAGGCAGUAGACCCAGGCCUGCCACCUGUGAAGCAAGAGCCACCUGACCCUGAGGAGGACAAGGAGGAGGAGAACAAGGAUGACUCCACCUCUGACUUGGCCCCAGAGGAGGAGGCAGGAGGGGCUGGCACGCCCGUGAUCACGGAGAUUUUCAGCCUGGGUGGAACCCGCCUCCGGGACACAGCAGUCUGGUUGCCAAGGGAGACAGCAGUUGGGAAUGUAAUGUGAAUAAAUGAGGAAAGGAACUGCUAUUUGGUGAGUUCCUCCCAUGGACCUAGUUUAGUCCUCAGAAACAUCUUUCUAGAAAGGCAUUGGUUUUGCCCAUUUUUGCAGACGGGAAAACUGAGAUGCAGAGAAACUACAUAACUUGUCCAGUGUUGAACAGCUAAUAUUGAUAGAGCCUAGAAUCAGACCCAGGUUGUAAAAGCCUUGUCCUAAGUUAAGCCACUAAACUGUAAACUAUAACCUAUAUCCAAUAGUGUGUAAUAAUGUUAUAUUAAUGGAAGUUUCCAGUGACCUUGAAGACAAGGUGGAUUACUCUAAGCGUUGUAACAAACCGCUUAACACUGCUGCCCUUAGGGUGGUUUAGGGAGCACCAAGGCAUUGUGGAUGGUGCCACCUUAUCAGAGCACCCGUGCCUCCUGAGACUGGGUUCUUCCCAGGCCUUGGGUGCUGCAUAGGAUCCCUCAAACCCAAAAGGGCAUCUUUCCCUAUUGACGCUGCUUGUUACCGUCACUCCCCGUCCUCGGCCAAAGCAGUCUUCAGAAGUAAAGCUCCUGGCCUGGCUCAUCAUUCCUCACAACUCGAAUCCCCUGUCCCUUGGUGACCUUUGUGCUUGGUUUCUGCUCUCAGCCCCUAUCUACUAGGAGUCUGAGUUCCUGCUUCAUGUCCUGCCUAAGGGCCAGUCUUGGCUCAGCCCUGCCUCACUUUCCAAUUCUGCAUAAAGUGCCAAGAAGAUUAGACCUGUGAUUCAUUACUUAGUUAGCUUUACAGUGCCAGGACUGAGUGCAUGCCUCCCUCAAAUUUUGUAGCCUAUGUGCUUCGCUUGCCUUACUCUAGUCCCAGCCCUGCAGGUUUAGAUAAUUCAGAUGUAGAUUAAACUUUUCUCUAGUUUAACUCAUUAUAUAGCCCUCUGCCACCCUCCUCUGCUCCUUCCUUUGCCUCACCCUGCCUACUUCAGCCAGAGGCAAGACUGGAUAAUUUUCUUGAUACUGUUUUGCUCCCCCCUCCCCCCGCCAGGAUCCAACCACUCAACCCUAGUAUUCUAGUGGUAUUUUGACAGUGAAGUCCUAAGUGAAAUUUAUUUGAAUAGCAUUCUGAUUCAUGAGAUAAGAGUCUGGUUAUUGUGUGUAUGAGGAUACAGUCAGAAAAGCAGCACCACUAAUAUAAAGAUUUUAUGUAUAUAUGUACAUAUAAGUAUGUAUAUCAUGUUAAAAGAUUUAUUGUAGGGAUUUGACCUUAUGCAGUUGUGGGAGCUGGUUGAACAGUCUCUGUAAGGCUGUUGUUUUUACAUCUAAUGCUG